AUGUCCGAAUAUUCCAUAGCACUAUUCGACACAACUGAGAGCGAGAGACUGAAUGUAAAGUCAUCAACCUUAAUUAGCGUUGCCGACAAUCUUGGCGAUUUAAUAUUUAAGAAGACAACUGUAAAUAUUGUUAUCAAAAAGAUGCAAUUAGUUGCGAUUUUUCUUGUUGUCAUAUCGCUGAGCUUUGGGAAGCUAGUGUGCUCAAUUCCAAUCAACACAGACUUUGUGUCACCAGAAGAACUUGAGGCUAUCAGAAACGGUCAAUUAAUGAAAAACAAAGUUCAGACAAAUAUUCCAACACAAAAUCGCAUUCAGAAACCGAUAAAUAUUCAAAGACCUGCGACAAUUCCAUCGGCAAGUCUAGUUCAACAGCAAAAACCUUACUCGGUGAACAAUGAUGAUCGACCAAUUUGGGGGUCAACUUCAAUUAGUUCUGCGAAUGCACAAUCGCAAGCUACGAAUAAGCAUGGCGGACAAGAGCAAACAGCUGGAGCCAAUUCAUACAACAACGAAGUAAACAAUGAACAUGGGAAUUUCCACAACUCGGGAGCGUCAUCAAUUGGAAGUAAUAUUGCUGAAAAUGGAAAAAAGGGUCAAUUAUCAGCAGCAAAUGUACAAAAGACUUCAUCACAUACUGUCGAUGGGUUUUCAGAACAAGAAACAUCUCAAAGUCAGUCUGCAAAUUUUGAUCAACAUACAAAUUCACUUCAAGCAUCUGACGCAAAUACUAAGUUUAAAAUUACAAAGGAUAAGACUGGAGAGAAAAAAGAAAUUAGCAGUGGAUCAUCAGCGACGAAUCAAAAUGCAUUUGGAUCUGGAAAUAGCAAAGCAAAUACAAACGUCGUUGAGUAUAAUCAAAACGGCGUCAAGGGCACAAAAACAGAUUCAGUUGCGCAAGCUAUACAAAUUAACAAAGACGGUUCAACGUCGAACACUCAUUCACAUUCGGGAACGAAUGUUUAUAAAGCACCUGAUGGGACAGAAGUUAAAGAAUCGAAAGCAGGUUCUAGUAGUGCAACUCAUGGACAAACUGGCAGCAGUGGUUCAUCAACAAAUUGCGGUACGUCUGGAGGUACUUCAAGUGGAAAUGGCUUUACCUCAUCUUUCUCUUCAUCAAGUUCUUCAUCUUUCACAAAUACAAAUGGACAAACGUUCAGUCAAACUGGAUGUGAUUCCGGUUCAAAAACCGCAACAGCACCACAUGGCCCACUUCCUAUUCAAUUUGGACCGCCAGUCUUUCAACCAUUUCCAAUUCAAUAUAAUCCAUUUUUUCCAAAUGCUGCUGGUUAAAAUCUAACAUACAUAUGUGAAUGAACUCUGACAGAUUUUUUAUUGCAAAACUCAACACGACAAAAAAAAGUUCAAUAAAAAAAUAAUGAAAACAUUGACGUUAAAUCGUCAUUUUAUUUAAGUUAUUGUUGUGAAUGCUUCAUUAUGAAAAAGCGUAAUAUUUCGGAAGCUAAAUUUUAAGUCUUUUAGUGUCAACGUUUAGUCAAAGUUUUAAUGUGUUUGAGACGACACAACAUUAUUAAAAUAAAUAUACUGGCGACGUUCAUACUUAUGUGGGCUCGGCUUGUAUAAAAACCUUUUUUUUUUCUUUCUUUAAUUUACGAGUGAAGAAUAAAAUUCAACACUUCUUAGUCGUGAUUAAGCAGCGUAAGUUAGCGUGUGAUAGAUUUAUCUUCUCUCAACCUGUUAAACGUGUAAUGAGGCUUUUGUUUACUCUAACAAUAAUCGAUUGGUUGUUGAGUUCAACCGAGAUUUUGUGUCAAGCUGCCCCAUACAAGCAAUUAAACAACUUAUGGAAACACAGUGGAAGAAGAAACUCACUGGGAAUUUCCAGACACACAAGAAAAGAUAUUCAACGCAAUGAACUUGAUCGUGACACUGGGGCAGUUGUGUUUGAUGGCCCAACAAACGCACGUUCUGAUGGUCCGAUUCAUUUUCCAAAUGAUGAUGAUUACAUUGAUUUAAGUGCUAUAUUUACUCCAUCUAAGAAAAAUAAGGGCAAUAAUAAUAUGUUAACGAUGACAAUUCUUGGAACUUUUGCAAACUGCGGAGUGCUUUCCAACAGUUUCGGUUCUACAAUGGGAUCGGCUAAUUCAGGUUUAUAUACAUUUCCCAAUGGUACCCAAGUGUCAUAUUCUAACUGUUCAGUUAUUCAGACAAUCGAUAAUAAUCGCUGACAUAAGGGUAAACGAAGGCGAAACAGGAAAAACUCUCGCAAACGUCCUUACUUACAUUUAAUUGAAGAUUUUCAUAAAAGAGCGAAAAAGAUUUAUGACAAAUUUUUCUCUUAAUUUUAAAAGAAAUUUGUAGUAUGAAUUUGUUUCUCAAGAUUUAUUUUGUUUUGAUAGCUUUUCUUAUUUGAAACACCAUUAAAUAUGUAAUUACAUAAACUUUUAAUAAGCCCCAAAAACAUUACCACCUGACCGUGGUUAAACUUACCCACAUUAGAAACGAGUUCUCAAAAAAUAUUAAA